AAGAAAUGCAAUUAAUGUUCUUGAACUUCACAAUUUCUCAUUAUUAGUUGACAAAAUUUACAUUGGAAAUAUAAAAUAUGUAUCUUUUUGAAACAAAAGUUUUCUCUAGAAUAUGAAUCAUUUAGGAACGGAAAGAGUAUAUUUCUACAAACAUGAAAGAUCUGAAAGUACUAGGAUACAAAAGUAUUUGACUGAUAUAUUUUAUAAUGUUAGGGGUGAUUGGUUGUAGCUGUAGAUGCUCUAGACAACUAAAAAUUAGUCUAGAGUCAAAAAUGUCAGCCAAUUAAACUUUCUGUUUUUUAAAAGAAGUUAACAACCAAAAAUUCUCUAGAAAAUUAAAAUAUGCUUGUGGAAACAUAAAACUACAGCUACACCAAAAGUUUUACAGGAAAUAAAUGUACACCUUAAACACUAUAGCCAAAAACAUAAAGCUACGAGUCAUUCCAAUCAUACAUGUUAUCUCUAUUAAUAGUAAAAAUAUUUUCUCUUAGAUUUGUUUCUUUAUUUCUUGCUAAAAUCUUGUAUUUCUUUCCUUUUACAUUUAUUAUUUUGUUAUUUUCACCUAAUCUUUUCUUAUUAUAAUUUUUUUCCUUGUAAUGCUUCCCAAAAAAUUUCAUUAGAUUCCCUAUAUUUUUUACCAUACCUAGUGUUCUCCUGUAUAGAUAUCUGCAAUACACAAUUCUUCUCUGAUAGAUAGAUUUCAGUUGUAGUUGCAGGUCUAUGUUCAUUAUCAAAAUGGUUUUGAUAGUGAAAGCUCUUCUUGCUGCUUCAGUAUUGUUGUCUUUGCGUUUUUCAGUAACAGAGUCUGCCCCUGAGUCUGCUCUUGUCACCAAAAUUUCUGGUUUUAGUGGCACUUUUCCAUCUAAACACUAUGCCGGGUAUGUGGCAAUAGAUAAGGAGCGUAAUAAGAAUCUAUGGUAUUACUUUGUGGAAUCAGAGAGAAAUGCUUCAACAGAUCCAGUUGUCAUUUGGUUAAAUGGUGGUCCAGGUUGCUCUAGCAUGGAUGGAUUUAUCUACGAGCAUGGUCCUUUCAAUUUUGAACGAACAAAAACAAAAGAACCUCGUUUGCAUCUCAAUCCUUAUAGUUGGUCUAAGGUUUCGAACAUCAUAUACCUUGACUCCCCAGUUGGUGUGGGGUACUCUUACUCUAGAAACAAGUCGGAUUAUAAAACUAAUGAUUCAAAAACCGCGUCUGAUUCUUAUGCAUUCCUAGUCGAGUGGUUCAAGAUGUUUCCGGAGUUUCAGUCAAAUCCAUUCUUUAUCUCAGGAGAAUCAUAUGCUGGUGUCUACGUCCCAACUCUUGCUUCCGAAGUUGUCAAAGGAAAUAAGAAUGGGACAAAGCCGGUUAUCGACUUGAAGGGAUAUUUGGUGGGUAAUGGAGUUACUGAUCCAGUGUUUGAUGGUAACGCACUUGUCCCCUUCGCACAUGGGAUGGGACUCAUCUCUAAUGAACUCUAUGAGGAUACUAAAGCAGCAUGCAAAGGAGAGUACUAUAAAGAGCCAGAUGUAAGCGAAGAAUGCGCUUACUUGCUUGGAAAAGUGUCAGAUGAUGUGAAGUUAUUAAACAUAUAUAACAUUCUAGAACCGUGCUUCCACGGAACAUCGACGUCCCCAAUUGACAUGGGAUCUAUUCCUCCGAGUUUCCUUAAGUUGGGAAAAACAGAAAGGCCGUUGCCAGUGAGAAAGAGAAUGUUUGGACGCUCGUGGCCCCUUGGUGCUGUUGUGCGUCCAGGCUUUGUCCCUAGUUGGCCUCAAAUCCUUGCUAACUCCCAAGUUCCUUGCGUUGAUGAUAGAGUUGCAACGGCAUGGCUGAACGAUCCUGCAGUAAGGAAGGCGGUUCAUGCUAAAGAGGAAAGCGAGAUUGGAAGAUGGCAAUUGUGCACAAACAACCUCGAUUACACUCAUGAUGCUGGAAGCAUGAUAGAAUUUCAUAGAAACCUCACUCUUAGUGGCUAUCGUGCUCUAAUUUUCAGCGGAGAUCAUGACAUGUGUGUGCCAUAUACCGGCUCUGAAGCAUGGACUAAGUCAAUGGGAUACAAGGUGGUCGAUGAAUGGAGGGCAUGGAUCUCAAAUGGCAUGGUCGCUGGGUUUACACAAGGGUAUGCCAACAAUCUUACAUUUGCAACUAUUAAGGGUUCAGGGCAUACCGUUCCUGAAUACAAACCUCAUGAAGCCUUGGACUUCUAUAGCCGUUUUCUAGAAGGAAAAAAUAUAUAGACUCCUCAAGUUUUAGCUCGUACUUCAUUAAAAUGAUGUCUUCUUUGAGCUUAAAACAUCCUUCCUAAUAAAAUUCAAGUUUCCAAUAAUAUUUUUUGGAAGUAAAA